AUGAUUAUCCCCAGUAAACUAACAUCUUUCUAUUUGCUAUUGGUGACGAUAAGUCUAUUGAUGGAGGUUCCGACGAUAACUGCAAAGGCAAGGGCAAGAUCAAUGAAGUCCUUGAUCCCGCUGCUAUUGAGGAGUGGAAGGCAGCCGCUGAGAAUGAGGGCCUCAAUGUUGGUGACCCUGUCCAUUGGAGAAAAUGACAGUGCCCAAGGGUGUAAUCUCCUUUGGCAAUUGGGCCACCAUAGUUUAAACCACGGAAGGAAGCAGAAGAAGCAGAAGAAGCAGAAGAAGCAGAAGAAGCAGAAGAAGCAGAAGAAGCAGAAGAAGCAGAAGAAGCAGAAGAAGCAGAAGAAGCAGAAGAAGCAGAAGAAACAGAAAACACAGCAGCUGCCAUAG